AUGGCGGAAAUGGCCUCAUACAAGGCCAACGGUUCCAAGAACGGUGUCAAACCGGCUUACAGCCAUGUUGCGCUGAAUCAUGUCAUAAAUCGACCCUUCACUCUGCAAGAGUGUUUGCCUUACUCUCCGCAAACAUCUACAGCUCCAUUCUUGCCUGAUAUUAUUCCUGAUCCGAGUAUAGACUCUGGGUCGCCCUCAUUGUGUGUUUCCGACCUGUUCCCAACGCAAGAUUUCGACAAGGUGAACCAAGAAGCGACUAGUCCCUUGAACGGAUCAAAGAAUCUAAAGCAGACUGUGGAUCAUAUUUUGCAUGAUCUAAAUCCGUCCAAACGCACUCAAUACAAGUUUCCGACCGUGCCUCCCGGUGCUCGUACUCUACUACCAUCGACCCACCACAGAAGCGUAUCUGAGACUUUGUCGCCGGUUACAAAGGCGGUAUACGAAAGAGUCGGCAACUUCUUCAAAGCCACCAAACCAAAUAUUUCCAGCCCCAAACUCGUCAACGGGGAUCCGACUUAUGCUUCGAAUUCAUCAGAGCACGCGCAGCCAUCAAAGACUAGUGUGCAGCCCAUGUUGAGCAAUGGACCCUUGCAACCAAGAAUAGAAGUUGCCAUACCUUCAAAAAGCUCAUUCGAUCGUUCUUCCUACAACUUGGUUCCGGAAAUAGAUGCGUCAGAUCAUCAAAGAAUUAUCCAACCUUAUGACCAAUUGGUUGUCGAUGCGUUGCAGUAUAGCAAAUCCAACCCAAAAACAAACACAGGCCAGGUGACUGUCAACGAGACGUCUGGCUUCCGCAUAGAGCUGUCAACUGGAGGAAUCAAGUCGGAUGAAUAUUUGGAGUACAUCGUUGCGCCGGACGCUCCAGAAAACCUUUCAGUGAAGAGAAAUCAGAGCGGAAUUCUAGGGGAAACCCAAGAUAUUCUUGGGGAAAGUCUUGAUCAACGUCAACGGGGAGAGGCAGCGCUUGACGCUUUAGACAGACUGAUGCGUUCCGUCUUCGCGGCCGUGGGCAAUGCCCUGGCAAUGGAACCUGGCUUAGAUCACAUUGUCAUGUUGACACAUGAUCAAGAAGCAACCAUGACAGCCGCAACACAGCAAAAAGUGCACACAGCAAUCCAAAAAGUCAUAGACUUGAAAACCUUCAAUGCUGUUCCCCUGGAAAAUCUUAUACGGGUUAUGAAACUAGGCGAGGCGAGCUUGAAACAAGCCGACGGUCUCGAUAUCCGCAUUGAUGACAACUGGGAUGAGGCGGCAGUAGAUUCGUGGGUUCAACAAUUGAGCGAAGUUGAAACAGCUUUGAAGGCCGCGCGAACGUGCCUGCGAAUACUGUCCGGGUGUCGUGAAGACAAGCAACUUUACUCCGAAUCUGUCAUCAAUAAGUGUGUCAACAUUUUCAAAGUCGUCACGGAGGAUAUCGUGAUACCCUUGGUUGAGCUCCGUAACUCUGGAAGCUCAAGUGGUCUUUUCAAACUCUUUCAGAAGAACAAAAAGGCAAUCGCGUCCGUGUUUGUUUGCUGCCAAAAGCUCUCAGCUCUUUUGGCUGAACUCAUUACGAAGAUCGAGCUGUCCGAAACAGUCGUAACUACCUUGGAAUUUACCGCUUCUAAGCUAAUCUUUGUGGAAAACGCAUAUCUUGAAAAAGAUUCAGCUGUUGGAACGCAAAAAUUCGAUGGAAUCCGCUCAGUUGCCAUGGUUAUGCUGUGCCAGAUUUUCGUGAUCAAACCCGAGCAACGGCAAGGCAUCAUUGACGACAUCUUGACGUCGUUGGAAAAGUUGCCGGUCGGCAAGCUGAGCUCGAGGCAGUUCAAGUUGGCUGAUGGGGGCAGCAUACAGCCCGUCUCUGCACUUAUCAUGCGACUUGUUCAAGCCAGUUCUGGAAGAAUCAGAGUGGCCAGCGGCAACGUCAACGGCACUAGUGGGCGCUCCUUGGAUGCGGUCGCGUUAGGAGAAGAUGACGAAGACGGCCAAACAUUGCAAACGACCCAAGCGAAGACUACAAUCUUGAGCGAGGAACAGGGGGCCCAGCAGCCGGCACUGGCCAUCCAGGAACUGGAAGCUGUCGCUGCGCCCUUGAAUGACACGGCCAUGCGGAAUGCCUCCUAUGUUAUAAAUUUCAUCGUUAAGCGAGCCAUGGGAUCCACCAAGUCCGGCGAUACCCCGUAUCGCAACCUUCUAGAUUUGUUUGUUGAUGACUUCACGACAUGCCUCGACUUGCCGGAUUGGCCAUCAGCAGAGUUGCUUUUGCGGUUGCUAAUGGUCAUGAUGGUGCAACUAUUUGAGGCCCCAAAAACAGCGGCGCCAGCAAAGAACAUGGCUUUGGAAUUGCUGGGUACGAUGAGCGCUGCUGUUUCCCGUCUACGUUCCCACGUAAAGCGGACUGCCACAUCCCUCGAGAGCGGUGACGCUACGACGGAGUAUGCCAAGUAUCUUUCUGACUUGGCUACACACUGCCUCGAGCAGAGAAGUCCUAUGGAGCAUAUUGUCGCCUGGUCUGGACCGUAUCGUGGUGCACUAGAGUAUCUGCAGGGUAAAAGCUCGGAUGACCCUCACUUGUCAAGCGCCAUAUCAUUUCUGAUUUUAGAUUGGGCGACCAGAAUUCACGUCACGUACGACAACCUCGAGGAGAGUGAUGGCGAACGAGAUAAGGAACUCGGCCGUUCUGCUUACAGACUACGAAUGAUGGUAGAAGACCGCAACUGGCUUUCCAGCGAGUAUGCUUUUAAAUCCGUGCCGCCAAACCUUGCCAAAUUUGCCUUCUCAAUCCUUCUGCUGCGGUCUCCCUUUUGCGAAUCCUUUGGCAAGAUUGUGAAUAUUCUCUUGGGCUCCAUGGCUAGUGAUCAAGCGACGGUACGCAGCAAAAGUCUGAAGAGUGUCAAUCAGGUGCUCGAAACGGACCCCUCCAUUUUGGACAGUGACUCGACGGUCAUUCAACUUAUCUUGGACUGUGCGAGUGACUCUUCUGUUCAGGUCAGAGAUUCCGCUCUAGGCUUGCUGGGAAGCUGCAUAGGGAUGCGGCCCGGCUUGGAACCGAACCUUACGCCGAGGAUUAUAGAUCGCUUUCAAGAUGCUGGGGUUGGUGUGCGAAAGCGCGCAAUGAAGCUUGCUCGUGACAUUUACUUGCGCAACCAUGGCAAAAGUUUGCGCAGUGCCAUUGCCAACGGGCUGCUUCGUCGCGUCCAAGAUCCGGACGAAAGCGUGCGGGAUCUAGCUCGGCAAAUGAUUGAAGAAGUGUGGUUUGCGCCAUUCUAUGCCAACGAGAAUACCGCAAGUUUCGAAACAUCCUUGACGGACCAUGUCUCCCUGAUCAUCCAAACUGUUAAAGCUGGUACCGUGACUGAAGUUCUGGACAAGGUGUUUCAGGCCAUCCUCAAGCCUCAGAACAAGUUUGCUGAAAACCAAGGACCCUUUAACGUGUGCUUGAGAUUAGUCGGAGUCAUGUUUGGAUUGCUUGACAACCCCGAGACGGAGGAUGCCUCGGCACCCUGCGGCCGUGAUGCUUUGCAGGUUCUCACAAUUUUCGCAAAAGCAGAACCAAAACUUUUCAACCUCGAGCAAAUCAAGCUUCUGAAAUCCCAACUGUCCAGUUUUACUGGCGCAAACGAGCUGGUUGCUUUCAGAGCCGUUACCGUCAUAUAUAAGAGAGUGCUACCACAACUUCCCACUCUACACUCGGAGUUCCUAUCAGAGGUCAGAUUGCAACUUCUGAAAGGGAUCGGGAAAAUCUCGUCCCGUGGGGCACUGGAUGAUCUAAUUGCUUGCUCCCACACGGUCUGUGAACUCCUGAAGGAUUUUGCACCACUCGGCAACCUCGUGGCAUCAAGCUUACUGGCGAUCCAAAGACUGAUCAAGGCGCCCCUGGACCCUAAACGGCUUCAUCUCGUUGCCGCCUAUUCCAUUAUUGUGGGCAGUGUGGGCAAGCACUGCGACCUGGACAAGCAAGUCCACAUCUUCAGAGACAAGUUCCCAGGCUGGAAGGGCGAUUCGGUUCCAAAAUUGAUUGUCGAUAUUCUUUCUCCGUUUGCUUCCCCCCAGCAGCCUUUGGAGGCGCGGAAAGCGGCGAUAGAAGCCAUCGGACUCGUGUGUCAAUCCUGGCCCCGGAACUAUGUCCUUGCGAAGGUUUACACGGCUUUUCAACAGGUAUUUCAAGACAAAUUACCUGCGUUGGAGGCGCUGAUCCUCAAAUCAUUCAAAGAAUUUCUCGUGACUGAGGAGAGACGGUCGGAAGCAGCAGCUGAAGCCAAUGUUAAAGAGAAGAAGAAGGAGCUGACUGUCAUGGGGGGGACGAGUUUUGACGACGUGGCGAGCGCCACCACGCAGCGAUUCCUUCAAGACAUUACUCGAAUUGCCAUGUCUAGUCAGGAUGAGCACGCAUUUCUGGCCAUGGAAGUACUUGGAAGCAUCAAUCGCCAAGGCUUGACACAUCCAAAGGAAAUCGGCGUCACCCUGAUUACUCUUGAGACAUCUGCCAACAGGAAGAUUGCUGAGCUCGCGUUCAUGGAGCAUCGUUCGCUUCACGAGAAGCACGAAACUGUUGUGGAGAGAGAGUACGUCAAGGCGGUGCAGUCAGCCUACAAUUACCAGAGGGAUGUGGUGAAGGAUUCACAUGGAGCUACCUUGGAUCCUUUCCAAGCCAAGCUCCACCUCUUGAUGGAAGUUUUGAAGAUAAGCAAGAUGAAGAACCGGCAGCGAUUUCUGGAGAAGCUGAUUGGUCAAGUAAACUUUGACCUGGCGAAACUGAGUGCCAAGGAAGAUGUGCCACCUCAUGUCGAAUUUUCGCGGUUCAUUGCAGAGAACCUUGCGUUCUUUGAAUACCAGACGGUGGGAGAGCUGCAGACUACAGUCAAUGCCAUUGAGAAGAUGGUGACGGGCACAGGGGCCACAGUCGCUCAGGCGAUAGAGUCGGAAGUGUUCAACGUCCGGAUGGAUGUCGAAGAGGCGGAGCAGGCGCGUGCAGUGCCAGAAGCUGACGAUCCGGCCCCUAGCUUGGCGGAUGGAUCGCAACUCGAGGCACCAGCUUGUUCUGUUCGGGCGCCUUUGCUCUCCGUGGAACCAGAGCGUCUGCGGCAACUCACUACCGCGUCCAUCAUUUUGCUCUCGCUAUGGGAGGUCCGGACUUUUUUGCGCCGACUGUACGGCAUGGGCACGAGUAGGCACGACAGCCGCGCGAAAUCCGUGGCAAAAGAUCUAAACAAGACACCAGUGAAGGUGCAGGGCGUGCACGGAACGAAGGUUUGGGAAGAACUGGUGUGUCACAUGAACGGGCUGGUCAACCAGCAAUGCAUGGCGGACAAAUGCAAAGCUUUUGUGGAGUUGAUGAAUGUUGACAAAGAGUUCAAAGUGGCGGAUGAAGAUGAUGGCAUGGACAUGGACGGGCCGAGCACGCCAAGCGAGGGUGACGAAGAGGAAGAUGGAGGGGACAGAAGCCGCAAGAGAAAAGGAGCAGGAACACCUGGGGGCCGGAAGAAGAGGGCGCGUUCAGGCUCACCGGUACGCAAAAGGGGCCGGCCGCGGAAACAAAGCGCAGACCGGAGCGACGACGACGGGCUUGACGGCGGCUGGAUCUGA